CACUGGAAAUAUUGUGGUGCCUUAAGAAAACAAGACCUAGAUGCUAUGCUAUAGAUGCUAGGAUAUGUGCAUAUAAGAGGAACAGGAGACAAUGAAAAUUAAAAUGAUUUGAGGCAGAGAAAUAACAAGUGCAUAUCAUAUCAUAUCAAGCAUUUAGCUCUCUCUGUGACAUUUUAUCAAACACCUUUGUCACUAUAUACAUACAUCUGAUCAAAUCCCAGUCCCUGCGGAGAAUCUCUAUACUAAGUCGAGCAGAGUGUAGGAUUUAUCCGAUUUGGAUUCUCUAACGAGCCGAAAGAACUUGGAAAAACCAUCACCACAAAAGCUGGCUAUUAUGGUAUCUUGAAUAUGCAAAGCAUAAGGAAAUCUAUCUUGAGUCAUGUGAACUUGAGGAGGUCAAUUGAAAGAUGGUGCUUUUCUGGGAAUGAGUGUGCCAAUAUGCAAUUCAGAUACUUGUGCUCUUCAACAGGAUCGGGCUCUGAUUUGAUACUGGACAGAGUAAUUGCACUUGCCAAGAACUAUGAUAAAAUCAAUGCCUCAAAGGUUACUGAAACAGCUGAUUUUCAAAAGGACUUAAACCUGGACAGCUUGGACCGCGUGGAACUCAUUAUGGCUCUUGAAGAAGAGUUUUCAGUCGAAAUCCCGGAUGAGAAAGCUGAUAAGCUUGCCUGCUGCGCUGAUGUUGCGAAAUACAUAGCCUCGGCUAAAGCUGACCAGAAGAUUGGGGAAAAGCCCUGAAACUUCACUCUGUUAUUCUCCUAGGAUGUGGCAUUCUGAGUUUACUUUUUCCUUGAUUGUGAUAUAUGAACCUAUGUUAAGUAUGCUUAGUAGCAUAUAUUACUUGAUGUUAGUUUACUUAAUAGUGUGCUUCAUAUGGGAAUGCCUUAAUUGGUUUGAAGAAUACCAAAUAAUUGAUCUUAGCUAAUAUUGAACACUUGUAUGAUCAUUCUUUGUUUUCUAUAUGAUCAACUAUUCAAGGUUUAAUUUGAGCAACAACCACAAAGCCUUAUCCUACUAGGUGGAGAUGGCUAAAUGGAUUAAAUGA